UUUACCCACAACGCUUGUUGUUGUCAUUGGUCAAACGAGGCAGUACUGCUGUAUUUCCUCACGCGUGUGCACGAGAUCAGCUGAGUAGUUGCUCCUCCCUUGUUAGAGUUCAAGAAGACGGAACCCAGCGCAGCAGACAUGGCUAUGCUCACAACACAGCCCCAAACCGAUGUGAUCGAUGCGGAAUACGAGGACUACCUCUGCCCCGUGUGUCUGGAGAUAUUUAUCUCUCCGAUGACCACAGAUUGCGGACACACAUUCUGUGAGAGCUGUCUUAAGGAGUGCUUGCGGCCUCAGAAACCUGUGUGUGCAGUCUGCAGGUCUGACCUACACAAGUGGAAAAAAGCAGAGGAUAUACAAAAUGAGAUGAAAAGAUCAAUCGGAAAGUGCAAAGGCUGUAAAAAUGAGGUUCUUUUGUCUGACAUGAGAAGCCACACAGGGGCUUGCUCUAAAUAUCAAGACUUUAUCAAGGAAGGUAUGAAGGCCAUUUCAAAGAACCAGCCUUCCACUGUCAGCUCCGUGCCGAACCGGUACACGUUCGCCUGUCCCUUCUGCAGCAGACAGCACUUUGACCAGGACGGUCUGGUGGAGCACUGCACCUCGAGACACGCACACGACCCGCGUCCCGUGGUGUGUCCGAUAUGUGCCUCAAUGCCCUGGGGCGACCCUAAUUACAGGAGCACUGACUUCUUUCAACACAUCCGAAUGAGACAUGCUUUCUCCUAUGACACCUUUGUGGACUACUCUACAGACGAGCAAGCCAUGAUCCAGGAAGCUCUACAGCGCUCGCUCUUGGAAAACUGAUGUGAGGAACAUAUGGAUCCCCAGCUGAACACCACCAAAAAUCAGUGCUUGAGCUUACACAAAGAAAGAAAUAGAUUGGGAUUCAGGGCUAUUAUCAUAUAUAUAUA